GCUGGCUGCGCGGUGGCGGCGGCUGUGUGUGCGCCGCGCCUCGCCGCUCCCCCCGGCCCCCCGAGCCCGGGGCGCGCGCUGCCGCCCGGGCCCCGCGGCGCCGCGGCCCGAGGCCCCGGGAAGCGCAGCCAUGGCCCUGCGGAGGCUGGGGGCCGCGCUGCUGCUGCUGCCGCUGCUCGCCGCGGUGGAAGAAACGCUGAUGGACUCGACCACAGCGACGGCAGAGCUGGGCUGGAUCGUGCAUCCUCCAUCAGGGUGGGAAGAGGUGAGUGGCUACGAUGAGAACAUGAACACGAUCCGCACGUACCAGGUGUGCAAUGUGUUUGAGUCGAGCCAGAACAACUGGCUACGGACCAAGUUCAUCCGGCGCCGUGGUGCCCACCGCAUCCACGUGGAGAUGAAGUUCUCCGUGCGUGACUGCAGCAGCAUCCCCAGCGUGCCCGGCUCCUGCAAGGAGACCUUCAACCUCUAUUACUAUGAGGCCGACUUCGACUCGGCCACCAAGACCUUCCCCAACUGGAUGGAGAAUCCGUGGGUGAAGGUGGACACCAUUGCGGCCGACGAGAGCUUCUCCCAGGUGGACCUGGGUGGCCGGGUCAUGAAGAUCAACACCGAGGUGCGGAGCUUCGGGCCGGUGUCCCGCAACGGCUUCUACCUGGCCUUCCAGGACUACGGUGGCUGCAUGUCCCUUAUUGCCGUGCGUGUCUUCUACCGCAAGUGCCCCCGCAUCAUCCAGAAUGGCGCCGUCUUCCAGGAGACACUGUCGGGGGCUGAGAGCACAUCGCUGGUGGCUGCCCGGGGCAGCUGUAUCGCCAAUGCCGAGGAGGUGGACGUGCCCAUCAAGCUGUACUGUAACGGGGACGGCGAGUGGCUCGUACCCAUCGGGCGCUGCAUGUGCAAAGCCGGCUUCGAGGCCGUGGAGAACGGCACGGUCUGCAGAGGUUGCCCAUCUGGAACCUUCAAGGCCAACCAAGGGGACGAGGCCUGCACCCACUGCCCCAUCAACAGCCGGACCACUUCCGAAGGGGCGACCAACUGCGUCUGCCGCAACGGCUACUACAGAGCAGACCUGGACCCCCUGGACAUGCCCUGCACAACCAUCCCCUCCGCACCCCAGGCGGUGAUCUCCAGUGUCAACGAGACCUCCCUCAUGCUAGAGUGGACCCCGCCCCGCGAUUCAGGAGGCCGUGAGGAUCUCGUCUACAACAUCAUCUGCAAGAGCUGUGGUUCAGGCCGGGGCGCCUGCACCCGCUGUGGGGACAACGUGCAGUAUGCACCCCGCCAGCUGGGCCUGACCGAGCCGCGCAUUUACAUCAGUGACCUGCUGGCUCACACCCAGUACACCUUCGAGAUCCAGGCCGUGAACGGUGUCACCGACCAGAGCCCCUUCUCGCCCCAGUUCGCCUCCGUGAACAUCACCACCAACCAGGCAGCUCCGUCGGCUGUGUCCAUCAUGCACCCGGUGAGCCGCACGGUGGACAGCAUCACCCUGUCGUGGUCCCAGCCUGACCAGCCCAACGGUGUCAUCCUGGACUAUGAGCUGCAGUACUAUGAGAAGGAGCUCAGUGAGUACAACGCCACAGCCAUAAAAAGCCCCACCAACACGGUCACUGUGCAGGGCCUCAAAGCCGGCGCCAUCUAUGUCUUCCAGGUGCGGGCACGCACUGUGGCAGGCUACGGGCGCUACAGUGGCAAGAUGUACUUCCAGACCAUGACAGAAGCCGAGUACCAGACAAGCAUCCAGGAGAAGCUGCCACUCAUCAUCGGCUCCUCGGCGGCCGGCCUGGUCUUCCUCAUUGCUGUGGUCGUCAUUGCCAUUGUGUGUAACAGAAGACGGGGGUUUGAGCGUGCUGACUCGGAGUACACGGACAAGCUGCAGCACUAUACCAGUGGCCACACCUGGUCUUGUCCCCCAGUGACCCCAGGCAUGAAGAUCUACAUCGACCCUUUCACCUAUGAGGACCCCAAUGAGGCAGUGCGGGAGUUUGCCAAGGAAAUUGACAUCUCCUGUGUCAAAAUUGAGCAGGUGAUUGGAGCAGGGGAGUUUGGUGAGGUAUGCAGUGGCCACCUAAAACUGCCAGGCAAGAGAGAGAUCUUUGUGGCCAUCAAGACGCUCAAGUCAGGCUAUACUGAGAAGCAGCGCCGGGACUUCCUGAGCGAGGCCUCCAUCAUGGGCCAGUUCGACCACCCCAAUGUCAUCCACCUGGAGGGUGUUGUCACCAAGAGCACGCCUGUGAUGAUCAUCACUGAGUUCAUGGAGAAUGGCUCCCUGGACUCCUUCCUCCGGCAAAAUGAUGGGCAGUUCACAGUCAUCCAGCUGGUGGGCAUGCUCCGGGGCAUCGCGGCUGGCAUGAAGUACCUGGCAGACAUGAACUACGUCCACCGCGACCUGGCCGCCCGCAACAUCCUCGUCAACAGCAACCUGGUCUGCAAGGUGUCUGACUUUGGGCUCUCACGCUUUCUGGAGGAUGAUACCUCAGACCCCACCUACACCAGCGCGCUGGGUGGGAAGAUCCCCAUCCGCUGGACGGCCCCAGAAGCCAUCCAGUACCGGAAGUUCACCUCAGCCAGUGACGUGUGGAGCUAUGGUAUCGUCAUGUGGGAGGUGAUGUCCUACGGGGAACGGCCCUACUGGGACAUGACCAACCAGGAUGUAAUCAAUGCCAUAGAGCAGGACUAUCGGCUGCCACCACCCAUGGACUGCCCAAGCGCCCUACAUCAGCUCAUGCUAGACUGCUGGCAGAAGGACCGAAACCACCGGCCUAAGUUUGGCCAGAUCGUCAACACGCUGGACAAGAUGAUCCGAAACCCCAACAGCCUCAAAGCCAUGGCACCCCUCUCCUCCGGAAUCAACCUGCCGCUGCUGGACCGCACGAUCCCCGACUACACCAGCUUUAACACCGUGGAUGAGUGGCUGGAAGCCAUCAAGAUGGGGCAGUACAAGGAGAGCUUCGCCAAUGCCGGCUUCACCUCCUUCGACGUCGUGUCGCAGAUGAUGAUGGAGGACAUUCUCCGGGUUGGGGUCACCUUGGCUGGCCACCAGAAAAAAAUCCUGAACAGUAUCCAGGUGAUGCGGGCACAGAUGAACCAGAUCCAGUCUGUGGAGGUUUGACAUUCAUCCGCCUCGGCUCACCUCUUCCUCCAGCCCCCCCCCCCACUCCGCCCCACACGCCAGCCCCCUGGUUCUCCGUCCACGUCCACCGCAGGGUCAGCCACCUGCCAGGAGGCCACGGGCAGCAGGAAGAACCGAGCAGCGCUCCAGCCACGAGACGUCACCAAGAAUAUGUGCAACUCAGAUGAUGGAAAAAAGGGAACGGGAACAAAAGAAAAUAGAUCCAGGGAGGGGGCGGGAAAUACAAGGAAUAUUUUUUAAAGAGGAUUCUCAUAAGGAAAGUGAUCAUUGUUCUUAGGGAAAAAAAAAAAGAAAAGAAAAGAAAAAAAAAAAGGGCUUGGGAGAUCCACGCGAUUUGUCCCAGUUGGAGACCAAAAGCAGUUUCUCUCCAACUCCCUCUGGGAAGGCGACCUGGCCAGAGCCAAGAAACACUUUCAGGAAAACCAAUGUGAACGGGGAGACAGGGGCCACCCUUCUCUCCUGUCCCUGGGCUGUUCUUCCAGGCCUCACUCAACAGCCACACGGCAGGCAGACGGGGCAGGCGGGCGGACAGGCAGCCACCGCGGGAACCACUCGGGGAAACUCCACUCCCGCCGCCACUGGGCAAACAGAAGAAUUUUUCUGUCUUUGGAGAAUAUUUUAGAAACUCCAAUGAAAAAGACUUGUUUCUCCUGUCGGCUCAUGGGACCGAAAGGGGGCUGUUGUCUUCCUCGGUCGGGGAGACCACGGGGACAUCGGCAAGGUCAACCUUCCUGAGGAUGCAUAGCCCUGCCUGCAGGCCCGAUGCUGCAGUGACGACUGCCACUGAGAAGGAUUGCUCCUGCAUUUGGGUUUGUUUACAGCAAUUCGUGGACUUGGGGGUAUUUUGGUCAGGGGUGGAUUUGGUUUGGGGGGUUUGUUUGUUGGGUUGGUUUUUUUUUUAUGACAAUGAAGUGACACUUUGACAUUUCCUACCUUUUGAGGACUUGAUCCUUCUCCAAGAAGAAGGUGCUUUCUGCUUACUGACUUAGGCAAUACACCAAGGGCGAGAUUUUAUAUGCACAUUUCUGGAUUUUUUAUAUGGUUUUCAUUGACACUCUUCCCUCCUCCCCCUGCAGAGAGGUCCCCCCUGCUGCCAGGCCUCACCAAAGCCAACUGCCACGGGGCCAUCUGGGCCGUUCAGAGACCAAGUGAGAUUUGGGAGGAUGAGGGGCCAAGGUGGAGGGGCACCCCACCCAGGGCUGUUUUUGAAAGCACCAGAUUGAGAAAGAAGUGAGCCCUAGGGCUGCAGAAUCACACGACUUUGCCCACUUCUCCACCCGCCCUCUGCCCCAGUCUGUCCAGUACUUUCUAGACAAAUAGGCCCCUUCAAGGUUCCUGAGUGCUCUCGGAUGGCCAGAACCCAGUUUCGCCUCUGGGAGCCUAAACGGGGCCCCAGAUCAUUCACUGUGAUAUCCCAGCCCUCCAGAGUGUCACCCUCAGAGAUGUGUGCAGGCGCUCCUUCCCUCCACUGGGGGGAAAGUGUAUGGUUUCUCUCCCACCCCUUCCCCCCACCCCCAGCCCAGACCUUCACCCAGGUCUGAAGGUCUUGGCCGUGGGAAAACCAUCAGCCACGAGGUCUGGCUACAAACUCCCUCCUGUGAGCAAAUGCAGGCACUUGAGCAGAACAAUCGGUUAGUGAACUGAAUGGAAAUAAACACUUUAGUUAUAAAAUGA